AUGGAAGGCACGGCGGGCGAGGCGCGUGUGCAGUGUCCCGUGUGCCUGCGCGAGCUGCCGGGCGCCGACAUCAACGCGCACCUGGACCGCUGCCUGCAGGGCGGCGCCGAGGCGGAUGGCGACGGCCGGGCCGAGGCGGAGCGGGGCUCGCCGCCGCCCUGCAGCAGCAGYAUCGCGCAGCAGCUGGCGGGGAAGCCGCUGGCCGACAAGCUGCGGCCGGACACGCUGGGCGACUAUGUGGGCCAGGAGCGGGUGCUGGGCGCGCAGAGCCUGCUCCGCCCGCUGCUCGAGGCGCACGAGGUGCCCUCGCUUAUCCUGUGGGGGCCGCCGGGCUGCGGCAAGACUACCCUGGCACAUAUCAUAGCCAGCAGCAGCAGAAAGAACGGCACGAGGUUUGUGACACUCUCAGCCACCAGUGCCAAAACAAAUGAUGUUCGAGAUGUCAUCAGCCAAGCCCAAAAUGAAAAAAGACUGUUCAAGAGAAAAACCAUCCUCUUUAUUGACGAGAUCCACCGUUUCAAUAAAGCUCAGCAGGACACUUUCCUUCCUCACGUCGAAUGUGGAACAGUGACGCUGAUCGGAGCAACCACAGAAAACCCUUCCUUCCAAGUGAAUUCUGCCCUUCUGAGCCGGUGCCGGGUUAUUGUCCUGGAGAAGCUCUCGGUGGAGGCGAUGGAAGUGAUCCUGAUGCGGGCAGUGAGGUCCUUAGGGAUCCGGGUUUUGGGCCAAGGCGAACAGCACAGCAGCUCCGCGACUGGCAGCCCCAGCGAGGGCUCAGAAUUCCCUGUGUACAUAGAGGAGAAAGCCCUAAGCACCCUGGCCUACCUCUGUGAUGGUGAUGCGAGGACUGGAUUGAAUGGCCUUCAGUUAGCAGUGCAAGCCAGAUUAGCAGCAGGGGUUGCCACAGGUUCUUCUACAGAUGGAGCUCUGAUAACAGAAGAGCACGUGAAGGAAGGACUGCAACGGUCUCAUAUCCUCUAUGACCGAGCAGGAGAGGAACAUUACAACUGCAUCUCUGCCCUGCACAAGUCUAUGAGAGGUUCAGAUGAAAACGCUUCUCUUUACUGGCUUGCCCGAAUGCUUGAAGGUGGUGAGGAUCCACUCUAUGUGGCAAGGAGGCUGGUGAGAUUUGCAAGUGAAGAUAUUGGACUGGCAGAUCCUUUGGCUUUAACUCAAGCAGUUGCUGCUUAUCAAGGUUGUCACUUUAUUGGCAUGCCAGAAUGUGAGGUCAUUCUAGCACAAUGUGUGGUCUAUUUUGCCAGAGCACCSAAGUCCAUAGAGGUGUACAGGGCAUACAGCAAUGUCAAAGAAUGCCUGCGGAUGCACACGGGYCCCCUCCCGCCUGUUCCCCUGCACCUGAGAAACGCCCCCACAAGGCUCAUGAAGAACUUGGGCUAUGGGAAGGGCUAUAAAUACAACCCCAUGUACAAGGAACCCGUAGAGCAGGACUAUCUGCCAGAGGAGCUGAAAGGAGUGAACUUCUUCAAGGAACAAAAAACAUGAUAGCCUUGGUCUGAGUGCUGCUUCAUUUUUGAUGCUUGUUUGUACUGAGAUGAAAAUUCACCUUCUGUAUCAGCCGUGGAUCUCUGGGGUUGAAAGUACUAAACCGCUGAGCCUUUGAGACCCUGUGUUGUCCUUUUGGUUGUACUACUGCUGCUGUCAACUGUUUUAUAAAUAAUUCCAGCUAUGCAAUGCAGAAAUGCUGAAGUCAGCUUUAUCAACGUAGUAGUGUCGGCCACCCUCUAGUUCAGAUAAACUGGAGAAAAUAUAUACGUGGCUUUUAUUUCUGGCUUUUCCUAUGAGACAAGGAUUACUGUCUUCU